ACCACCGUGGCACAAAUGGGCCUCCAGAACACCAAACACUCCAAAGUCAAGCAAGCUAAUAUACUGAUGUUAGGACUUGAUUCUGCGGGAAAAUCUACACUGUUGUACAAGUUCAAGUAUAACGAUGUUUUUCUAACAAUUCCAACAAUUGGCUUUAAUGUUGAUAUGAUUGAAACCGGCAAAGAUUUUACAUUGACGUUUUGGGAUGUUGGAGGGCAACAGAAAAUGAGACAGGUUUGGUGCAAUUUCCUGGAAGACGCAGACGGACUGCUGUAUGUUGUGGACAGCUCUGAUAAGCAACGGCUGGAAGAAUCAAAGAAAGAAUUUGAACUCAUUUUAAAGAAUGAAUUUAUAAAAAGCGUACCAGUCGUUGUGCUGGCGAACAAGCAGGAUUUGCCUGGAGCUUUGAACGCUGAGGAAAUAACCAGGAGAUUCAACAUGAAGAAGUACUGCAGUGACAGAAAUUGGUAUGUACAGCCCUGUUGUGCUAUCACAGGAGAAGGUUUGUCAGAAGCUCUCCAAAGACUAACCACAUUUGCAAAACACUACAGCAGAUCAAAGGAGACUUCUACAAUCUUUAAGGAAAUCGAAACACUUUAA